AGUAAAAUUUGAGUUUUGAAAUAAUUACACAGGACCAAUUAUGUAAUAGCUUUUCAUUUUAUCUUUUUAAAAUCCACUAUUUUGUAAAAUAUGUUUACGUUAUGUGGCUUCUUGCAUAUAUUUCUGAUCCAACACAUUAAUUCUUUACUAUUGUAUUUAUUUGACACUUUUAUUGUUAUUUUUAUUUGUGAUCUAUUCUAAAAUGUAGCCAGAUGAACUACUGAGGAGUGAGUAAUUAUUGUAUCCACUAGGGGGCACUGUUGCCUAAUUUGUUUCAGUCUAAUUUCUACUUUGGCACCGGCUUAAGUGAUUUUUCGCUUCAUUGCUCAAUAUUUAUGCAAAACAAACAAUGUAUUGCAGUUAACGAAGAAUUGCUGUUUUUGAGAGAAUUUCAAUAAAGCCUCAAUAAAGCGUCAAUAAAGUUGUGCAUGCGCCACUUCAAAAACUUCUAAACUUCUAAAAAGAGGAGGGAGUCAUUUCAACCAUGUUAUUUUUAGACUUUUACCUGUCCGUGGCAAAGAACUCACAUCCCAGAAGCUGCACAUCGCGAUUUUUACUCACGUAGUCAACCUGGAUGGAUUGCGCCAAAAGUGCAGCAGCGACGCGCGCAUUAAUAUAAAGUUCAACGACUACAAUCAAGUGCAAGUAUGAUAUGGAGGAAAUACACGGGGCUUCCUCUACCGUGCGCCGACAGGAAACUGGAGCGGUAUAUAUGAAGUAUCUGAAGCGUGAUUUUCAGAUGGAGGCUGCGUAACGAGCUCGUUGUGGUCGUAAUUUUAUGGCCCGUACAAAGCGUCCAGAAUGAGGUGCUCUCCAAGGUCUCUGUGGGGCCAGACACUGCGUUGCCUCUGUCUGACUCUACUGUUUGACUGUGUGCUCGGCUCAGGAGGGUACAUAGUGGUCACAGAGGCUCAGGCCGGGCCCUUGUACCGUGUGGAGGGCUCCGAGCUCUCCAUCUCCUGCAGUGUGACCGGUUUACCUCCACUCCCCGACGGCAGAAAUGACUUUGAAUUUCGAGUCAAGAAGCCUGCAAAACCAGAUUUUGAAUUGAAUAUCAUAAGCACCAACGAUGAAUAUUUCCCCUUUUCACUCUAUGGAGAUCGUGUGAGGUCUGGAGAGAUCGCAGUGAUACAUAAGGACCCAAACUCAGUGGUUUUUAAAAUUCUACAUCUUCAGAAGGCAGAUGAAGGGGAAUAUGACUGCUCUGUUGUCAACACCAGAAGCACGUACAAUGGGAUAUACAGUGCACUGACUACAGUUAAAGUGAUUGACAACUCUUUAAGCAUCUCAUCAUCAUCUCCUGCUUCCAUGGCUCAAACAGAGGGAGACAGUUUGGAGCUGACCUGUGAAGCAUCCACCAACACCAUCCAGCACACACAUUUGUCAGUGGGCUUUUUCCUUCGAGAAAAUACAAAAAAUGCCAGUCUAGUUAUGUCAAUGGACAAAGAUUUUGUAUUGAUCCCAGGGCAAGAUUUUGAGCAGCGUUACAAAUCAGGACUGAUCAGAUUGGAUAAAAUUGGGCAGGUGACAUACAGACUUAAAAUAUCCCAGUUGAAGCUGUCAGAUCAAGGCGCAUUGUAUUGUGAGGCCCAAGAGUGGAUACAGGACCCCGACCAGACCUGGUACUCCAUAGCAACGAAAGCGUCAACAGAAACAAGUCUCACUGUGAAAGCUAAAGAGAUACUGCUAGACUCUGAGUCGCUGGCGGUUACCAUGUCUAUACCACACUCUACCCUGCAGGAGGGGCAGCGACUCUCUGUGUCCUGUGCGGUGGACUCCCAGAAUCUAAAGCAGAAAUUCUUCUCUCUGGCCUGGCUACGUGGAGGAGUGGAGCUGGCUCGCGUUGGCCCCACUGGAGUUUUGACUGUGGGGCCCGAUUACAGCAGCCGGGAGAGAGAGGGGGAACUCCGGGCUGGAAGGAUUGGGGACAGGGAUUAUAGUUUGAUUCUUCAGCCUGUCAGGACCAGUGAUCAGGGAGAGUUUGUGUGCAGAGCAUGGCCUGAGGAGCGUAGCAGCACUGGUGAUUUCAUACAGGGUGCAGCCCAGGACUCUAAGCCCCACGCUGUCAACAUCGCUCUUACAGAAAGUGGCCUCUCUGUUGAAAUGGCCAGCAGUGUGAAUGUGAAUGAAGGGGACAAGCUGGUUCUGUCCUGCAGAGUGUCUGGAGCCACUGGGCAGCUCUCUGUGAUCUGGCAGAGAGCCGCCCAGAGUGCCCCCUUCUCCAGUCUGGUCAGCCUAGACGAGGACGGGGUCAUGGCCAAAGCUGAGGGCAGUGCGGAUGUAAGGGUGAAGGCACUGCGCCCGGCCUCGGACCUCUUCACUCUGGAGCUGGAGGAGGCCACACAGGCUGCUGCUGGCCGUUAUCAGUGUGAGGUUUCAGAAUGGAAAACCACCAACAACAAGGCCAGCAGCCAAGUGGCAACAUCCAGCGUGAUUGUCACUCCUCUAGACAAAUUUGCGAGUGUGUCUGUAAUUGGCCGAAAUCACAUAGCUUCAGAAGGAGACAAGGUGGAGCUGAUUUGUCGUGUCAGACGGUUGAAACUGCCUCGAACUUUGACCUGGAGUGUUCGCCGUGGCUCCCCGACUCCAGACAACAUCCUGACGCUGUACUCCAAUGGCGCCAUCAGCUGGUUUGGAGAUCAACAUCGAUACCAGCUGGAAAUAGUGAACAAAAACCAACAGGAUGAAAUGUGGUAUCACCUGAUCAUAAGUAGUGCCAGCAAAAAAGAUGCUGGAAGCUACAAGUGCAGUGCAUCUGUGGUCCUGGAUAAGGCCCCAAAAAAGCUGUCUUCCUCUGAACUAGCUGUUAAUGUGGUGCGCCCAGCAAGCGAUUUAACUCUGACCGCGGCACCAUCCAUCAGAGCAAAUAUCAACGCAGAUAUAGAAUUAAAAUGUUCUGUUUCCUCAAAUAGUCUUGUGUUGUCUCGUUAUGCUGUCACCUGGUUUCUAGAGGACACAAGUAAUAAGACAGGAGGACAUAAGAUGAUUGUCAAAUCAGACCAAAAUGCCUUUGUAACAUUUGAGCCUGAUCUGGAGCUUAAUCAGAGGAAGCGCCUCAGUGUGAGCCGCCGAGCCGAGGGCCCAGAGUUUGUUCUGAGCAUUCGUAACACGCGCUCCUCAGACAGAGGAGUCUACAUGUGUGAGGUGGUGCAGUGGCAGCAGGACCCCAGCCGAGAGUGGCAUCAGCUCCCUCCUGUCUCCAAAAGCACACAACUCUCUGUUAUUGAACCUGCCAGUGAUCUUCAUUUGAAUACUACCACACCUGUUUUGACUGUAGAAGAAGGAGAUGAUGUGGAGUUGGAGUGUAACUUGGUCUCUGCAGUGGACAGUCCGUCUGUUUUCUACAAAGUCAUUUGGCUGUACUCUGAGGCCAACGAGCCCAUCAGGCAAGUCCCUCUGGUGGAGCUAGAUCACACAGGACUGCUGUCGUACCCUGUGGACGAGGCCGUGAGGGCUCUGCAGGGGAGGCUGCGGCUGCUCAGGCCCGCACAGACCAGCUUUAACCUGGGCAUUCACAAGGCUCAUGAGCAGGACAGUGGGACAUACAUAUGCCGUGUGGAGCAGUACCAGCUGGACCGAGACGGGCAGUGGCAACAGAAGGCUUCAGAUGAGACCAGUCCUAUGACACUCAAUGUUACUGUUACAGAACGCAGUCUCCUCAUUGAAAAAAUUGACAAGGAGUUCAACAUCAGCACUUCCCAAAGCCUCACUCUCCCCUGCCACAUCAUGACACAGUCCAGCCCCCUGUCACAGUUCCAGAUCACAUGGUUCUGGCGGAAGGAUACAAACUCCGAACCACGCCCUCUUUUUACAUCUUACCGUAACUCCACCUUACAUUACUGGUUUGGGAAGAGUGAUGAGCAGCUAAGGUUUGGCCACCCACUCACCAAUCUGUUCAACUUAACCAUCGUGAAGCCCAGCCCCGCAGACAGUGGGGAGUACUUUUGUGAGGUGGAGGAAUGGGCACCAUCUUUGUCCAAUGGGUGGAGAAAAGUCGCUGUGGAGAAGUCGGGUUCUUUAACAGCAAGUGUUCAAGAUGAAGGUGGAAUCUCUGAGCCUGUGUGUGACUCGCCUACCUGGAUUGGAGCAUUCUUUGGUGUGACGGUUUUAUCUUUGCUGGUGAUUCUGCUGCUGGUUCUGAGGAUGUGCAGAGGCAACAAUUCAGCGAAGAAGAAAGAGGAGUCAUUAUGGACUGAGAAUCACCAACUGAACCCAAAAAACUGAUUUUUACUCUGAAGAAGAAAAAAAAACCUAGGACGCAUUUCAAUUUUUGGUACCACUUUAUACGAACUACCAUCUUCCUUAGUCUUUAUAAAGCAUGAACAUAGACUUAAAGGCACACUAUGUAACUUUUUGGUUCAGAGUUCAUCACCUGCUUGUUUCUGUUGUUAUGUCAUUGCCUGGAAUAUUCCACAGUAUGACAUUAAACCAUUCUACUUUACA